AUGGCGGAGGCAAGAUACAUUCAGAGGAAACCAACAGACAGUAAAAGUCAGAUAAAGCCAAUCCACUCCAUAGACACUCCGAUGUGCUUCCCAAAGAAGCAAGGAAAAGUGAAGAAGAGGGUCGUCUGGGGCAUUGAGGUGGCUGAGGAACUGCAAUGGAAAGGCUGGCAGCUAGGGCAGGAGAUCACCAAAAACCUGGUUCUGAAAAAUCUAUCCUUCAAAAUCCAGAAGAUGAAGUACAGGCCUCCCAAGACCAAGUUCUUCUUCACAGUCAUUCCUCAGCCCAUCCUCCUGAGCCCGGGCAUAACCCUCACUCUCCCCAUCAUCUUUCGGCCUCUGGAGGAGAAGGAGUACAAGGACCGGCUGUGGUUUGAGAAAGCAGAGGGGACGUUCUGUGUGGACCUGAGGGCCACCCUGCCUUGCCAUAACCUCAUCUGCCCACCGUCCCUGCAGUUGCCCAUGUGUGCCAUGGGGGACAUGGCCGAGGCCUGGUUCAGCCUGAACAAUGUAGGGGACCUGCCCACCUUCUUCACCUGGGAGUUCUCCAGCCCAUUCCAGAUGGUGCCUGCCACGGGACUCCUGGAGCCAGGCCACACGUGCCAGAUCAAAGUGACCUUUCAGCCUCUUAUGGCUGUCAUCUACGAAGUUCAGGCCACGUGCUGGUAUGGGGAGAACAGCACGCAGAAGAGUAGUAUCCAGCUGCAGGCUACGGCCAAAUGUGCCCAGCUGCUGGUGAGCAUAAAGCAGAAGCGACCAGAGGACCAGGAUGUUGAGGGCUUCCAGAAAGUGCUACACUUUGGCUCCGUGGCUGUGGGCUGCACUGCCAAGAGGCAGAUCAGGCUGUAUAACCCAUUGAGGGUGAGUGCCCCCUUCAAGAUUGAAGUGGCCCCAGACAUGCUGACUAAAGACCAGGCCUUCUCGUGCCCCACAGCCUCUGGCAUCGUGCCCCCAGGAGAGAAGAAAUACGUGUCGGUGUUUUUCCACCCUGACACCUUGGAUGUUAGAACCAUGGACUACUUGUCCAUUAUACCCUCUGGCUGUGCCGCCCAAACCCUGCUCAAAGUCGUUGGUUUCUGUAGAGGUCCUGAUGUAUCUCUGCAGCACUACUGCAUCGAUUUCAGCUGGGUCAACCUCGGAGAGCGGUCAGAACAGCCCCUGUGGAUUGAGAAUAAAUCGGACUGCACAGCCCACUUCCAGUUUGCCAUUGACUGCCAGGAGAGUGUCUUUCGCAUCAGACCUACCUUCGGGACCCUGGUGGGCAAGGCCCGCGUGACCCUGCACUGUGCCUUCCAGCCCACUGACCCCAUCAUCUACUUCCGGCGGGUGGCCUGUCUUAUCCACCACCAAGAUCCUCUGUUCCUGGACCUGAUCGGGACCUGCCACUCGGACAGCACGAAGCCAGCCAUCCUGAGGCCUCAGCACCUGUCUUGGUACCGCACACACCUGGCGCGGGGCCUGACGCUCUAUCCCCCGGACGUCCUGGGCCUCAUGCUGAGCGAGAAGAAGCUGGUGCAGGACGCGAAUGGGGCCCUCAUGAUUCCCAUGGAGGACCUGGAAGACAUGCCAGCCCUACAGUGUCCUCUCAUCCCCCCCAUGACUGAGUACUUCCUCGACGGCACCAGCGACUUGGCCAUCUUCCCCCCGCCUGUCAGCAUAGAGCCUGUUGAGGUGGAUUUUGGUGCCUGCCCCGGGCCCGAGGACCCCAACCCUGUCCCCGUGUGCCUGAUGAACCACACCAAGGGCAAGGUCACCGUGGUCUGGACACGCAGGUCUGACUGCCCCUUCUGGGUGACCCCAGAAACCUGCGAUGUGCCCCCGCUCAAGUCCAUGGCCAUGCGCCUGCACUUCCAGCCGCCUCACCCUAACUGCCUCUACGUCGUGGAGCUCGAAGCCUUUGCUCUUUAUAAGGUCCUGCAGAGCUUCAGUGCCAUCGAGGAGGACUGCACCGUUUGCCCAUCCUGGAACCUGACACUCCGGGCGCGAGGCCACAGCUAUCCUGCUGCCUUGGAGCACCACGUCCCCCAGUUCUCCCUGGACGUCCCCAAGCUAUUUCCUGCAGUGUCUCCCGGUGAACCCUCCUACCGCAGCCUGCUCCUGAUCAACAGAGGCUCCAUGCUGCUGACCUUCAACCUGGCCCCCAAAAGCAGCUCGGACAUCUCCCUGAGGCCCACCUCAGGCCUUGUGGCCCCUGGAGCCCACCAGAUUUUUCUCGUCUCUACCUACCCCAAGGGCAACUCCUGGAAGCAGCACAUUUUCUACUUGCAGUUCAAUUUUUCUCCGCAGUAUCUCAAGGAGGUGAGCAUGCAGAGCCGGGAAGAGCCGCUGCAGCUGAAGCUGGACACCCACAAAACCGUCUUCUUCAAGCCCACCCAGGUGGGCUGCUCCUCUGCUAGCCUCUUCACCUUCCGCAACCCCUCGCGUCUGCCCCUGGAAUUUGAGUGGAAGGUCUCCCAGCAGCACCGAAAGAUGCUGGCCGUCCAGCCUGCCAGGGGGCUCAUCCAGCCCAGUGAGAACCUCACGCUGACGUGGACCUUCAGCCCUCUGGAGGAGACCAAGUACUUGUUUCGAGUGGGGGUGUGGGUCUGGGAAGCAGGCCUGCCCCCAGACACCAAGCCCCCCACCACCGCCCACUACAUGAUCCGGCUGGUGGGCCUGGGUAUCAGGAGCAGCUUGUCUGUAAAGGAGAAGGAGCUGGACUUUGGGAAUGUGAUGGUGAACAGCCAACAGUCCAGGUUGCUGGUUCUCCUGAAUGAAGGCAACUGUACCCUCCAUUAUCGCCUGUUCCUGGAACAAUGCAGUCCUGAGGGCAUCAGCAACGACCCCCUUGCUCUUCAGCUGGACCGCACAGAGGGGAAAAUGCCACCCCGAUCCCAGGACACCAUCUGCCUGACUGCCUGUCCCAACCACCGGUUCCAGUACUCCUGGACCAUCAGCUACUCUCUCCUCUCCCACAGAGAUAAUACGAUUGGGGAGAAACAGGAGCUGUGUCGAGUCUUCCUGACCGCCGUGUACCCCUUACUCUCCAUCCUGGAUGUCUGCUCCAUGGGCAGCGCCCAGGGCAUCACCCGGAAGCAUCUGUGGCACCUCUUCUCCCUGGAUAUGUUCAACAGUUACUUGGCACGUGACCCCACCCCCCGGGAGCUAACCUACAAGGUGCCCACGCGGCACAGCACGAGCCAGAUCCCCCCUGUCUUCACCCCACUGAAGCUGGACUUCAAUUUUGGGGCAGCGCCCAUAGAAGCCCCACCCUCUGUGGUGCUCCUGGCCCUGAAGAACAGCGGAGGGGUGCCCCUGCACUGGGCCUUCCUCUUUCCAAGUGACCAGCAGAUCGACCUGGAGCUGUGGGCAGAGCGAGCAGAGUUUGACUACACAGAGCUGCACCAAAUGCGGGUGCAGGACAAUGGCAUAUUCUCCAUCAGCCCCAAGGCUGGGAGCCUGAAUCCCGGGCAGGAGCAGGUGGUGGAGUUCAAAUACAGCCACCUGUUCGUCGGCACUGAUCGCCUCCCGGUGCUCUUCAAGGUGUCCCACGGCCGGGAGAUCCUGCUAAAUUUCAUAGGCGUCACAGUGAAGCAGGAGCAGAAGUAUGUGUACUUCACCUCCACUAGCCACCAGUUCACCCCUGUCCCCAUUGGUGACACACUGCCCCCACGGCAGAUUUAUGAGCUGUAUAACAGUGGCUCGGUGCCUGUGAUAUAUGAGAUCCAGACCGACGUCCUGUCGCAGGUUCAGGAAAAAAAUUUCAACCACCCCAUCUUCUGCUGCCUCAACCCCCAAGGGGAGAUCCAGCCAGGCACUACUGCUCAGGUCUUGUGGAUCUUCUCACCUCUCGAGGCCAAGACCUACACGGCAGACGUGCCCAUACAUAUCCUGGGGUGGGACUCAGCCACCAUCUGCUUUCAGGGAGUGGGCUAUGACCCCCAUGUCAUGGGAGACACAGCCCCUUUCCACAACAUCUCAGGGGACAACAGCUCCAUACGCUCAAAGCUGAUGGUUCCUGGACAGAAUGUCUUCCUGUCCCAGUCUCACAUCUCCCUGGGAAACAUUCCUGUGCAGAGCAAGUGCAGGCGCCUGCUAUUCCUCAACAACCUCUCCAAGAAUGAGACAAUUGUCUUCGUCUGGCAACUGAAGCCCCUAGACUUCGGGAAGGUGUCCGUGAGUCCCAUGAAAGGGAAGGUGGCUCCUGAAGAGAUGAUCCCAUUCGUGGUGACUCUGAAGGCCUCAGUGCACGCCAGUUUCUACAGCAUUGACCUGGUAUGCAAGGUCUACCGACAGGACCUCCUAAAGCAGUACCAUAAGGAUCUGCAGGAGUGGGAGGACGAGAAGGUGCGGCAGGAAGUAGAGUUCACCAUCACAGACAGGACAGUGAAGAGAAGGGCAUAUUGUACAGCCUGUGAACCUGUGAGGAGGUAUAAGACACUGCCCCCCAUCAAGAAACAGCAGACUCUCAACCGGCCCGCGAGCUGGAAUCUUAAGAUCCCAAAGGAGGAGACAUCCUGGCCAUGCCCCCAGCCACCCUCGCCAGGCACGCUCUACUUGGCCCUCACAGCCCGGGCCCAUGCCACCGACUACUUCCUGGACAACUUCUUCUCCGACUUUCACCGAUACUUCUUGCACCGGGAGCCGCCAAAGAGGAAGUGCGCCAGGGAGGAGUUGGAGGCUUCUGAGAAAGAAUCCCCUGACACGUGGGUGCCUGUGUCCAAGCAGGGGAAGCAGCUUCUGGUUGACUGUCUUACCACCAUCAUCAGGGGUCUGCUGGAAGACAAGACUUUCCAUGAGGCCGUGGACCAGAGCCUGGUAGAGCAGAUGCCUUACUUUUGCCAGUUCUGGAAUGAGCAGUCGGCCAGGUUCAUGGCCCAGAACAGCGGCCUGCACAUAGUACCAGGCCUGUCUCCGUCCUCCAGCAGCUGGGAAGACAGGGAAGGCACGGAGCAGGAGGACGACAAAUGGACGCUGGGGGACAAGGAAGGAGGGGAAGAGGAGGAAAAGGGCAAAGAAGAAGAGGAGCUGGAGGGGGAAGAGGAAGAGAUGAAAGAGGAGGAGGAGGAGAUGGGAAAGGAGAAGCUGGAGGAGGAGGAGGUGACAGAGGAGAAGGAGGAGAAGUUGACCUGGGCAGGGACUGAGACCGGGUCCCAGGAGUCCCUGAAGUGGCAGUGGCAGCAGCAGUUGAAGGUCAUGGUGAAGGAGGACCAAGAGCAGGACCGGAAGGAGGCCAUCAGCCGGCUCCCGGCUUUCGCUAACCUGCAGGAGGCGCUGCUGGAGAAUAUGAUCCAGAACAUCCUGGUGGAGGCGAGCCGCGGGGAGGUGGUGCUCACCUCGCGGCCGCGCGUCAUCACCCUGCCUCCACUCAGCUUUCCCAGGAUCGUCGCUCCAGACUUGCUGCCGGCGGCGUCCUUAGGGCCAUAGCAAACCGAGACGUCCCGGCUGGUGGCGCCGCCCCCUACCGACUCUUCGCGGACGCCAGCGCCCAGCCGCUACUACUUCCUUCCCUAGGUUCUGCCGGGCCCCCUCUCCACCGCCCUACCAGUAAAGC